AUAAAUGUGUCGCGUUCUGACUUCUUGCAGUGCACCUACAUCACGAUCGAGCAAGCGGAGAAGACCUGCGCCGUGGUCCUGAGCCGGCCCGCCUGGCUCUGGGGGGCUGAGAUGGGCGCCAACGAGCACGGCGUGUGCAUCGGGAACGAAGCGGUGUGGGGCAGAGAGGAGGUGGGCGAUGAGGAAGCUCUCCUGGGCAUGGACCUCGUAAGGCUCGGACUUGAGAGAGCGGACACAGCUGAAAAGGCUCUUACUGUCAUAGUCGAUUUGCUAGAAAAAUAUGGACAGGGAGGAAACUGCAUGGAGAGCCACAUGGCAUUUACAUACUAUAACAGCUUUCUGAUAGCUGACAGAAAGGAAGCGUGGGUGCUGGAGACAUCAGGAAAAUACUGGGCAGCAGAAAAAGUAGAAGGAGGUGUACGGAAUAUUUCUAACCAGCUCUCUAUCACAACCAAGAUUGACAGAGAACACCCAGAACUGAGGGAAUAUGCCAAAAGCAAGGGCUGGUGGGAUGGGGAAAAGGAAUUUGAUUUCGCUGCCACGUAUUCUUACGUAAACACUGCCAGAAUGACCACAUCCAGAGGGCGAUAUUGUGAAGGCUAUAAACUUCUGAACAAACACAAAGGUACC